AUGGCUCGCACUGUUCUUAUCACCGGCUGCUCUGAGGGCGGCAUGGGUGCAGCACUAGCCAAGGAAUUCCACCAACAAGGCGACCGUGUGUUCGCAACCGCACGAAAUGUCUCUAAGAUGACCUCCCUCAAAGCCAUGGGAAUCGAGACCCUCAUCCUCGACGUUACAUCCGAGGAUUCGAUUCAGGCCUGCAUAAGCCAAGUCUCCUCCGUCACGGGUGGCUCGCUUGACAUUCUCGUGAACAACGCCGGCAAGGGCUUGUGUAUGCCAGCCAUGGACCUGUCCAUCCAGGAAGCCAAGGAGGUAUUUGACCUAAACUUCUGGGCAAUCCUCCGCAUGUCGCAAGUGUGUCUACCUCUUCUGCAACAGGCUGCACGGGCGCAUGGCCAUGCUCUACUUGUGAACCAGACCUCCGUCAGCAGCGUGUUGGGUGCUCCGUUUUGGAGUGCAUACAACACUUCAAAGGCAGCUGCCGCCAUGCUCAUUCAAAACAUGAGACUAGAGCUAGCGCCUUUCGACAUCAAGGUAAUCGAUCUGAAGACUGGUGGGGUGAAUACCAAUAUUCACGAUAACGACCCCGUCUGUCACCUUCCAUCAAGCUCUCCCUACACUGUUUUGCAGAGAGAGAUCGAGAAGUUUUCGACAGGUGAUAUGAACUCGGCUGGCCAGGAGCCUGGAGUCUGGGCAAAAAACGUUGUCAGCGACUUGAAGAAGCAUAAUCCGUCUAAUAUCAUCUGGCGCGGCAAGUCAUCAACUCAAAUCUGGCUCGCUUCACACCUCCCCAUUACUACUUUGGAUUCGACGAUGAAGAAGGUUGCGAGUCUCGACGUGUUGGAAAAAAAAGAUUCAUGGAAAAACGUUGCAAUGAGGUACUUGGCGGCAAGCAGAAAGGGGGAGUCACCAUGUUGUCCCGACAUGUAA